CCAUAAUGUUCCCGCCCACAAAGCUACAACUCAUUUACAAGGAACCGCAACAGCAGCAACCCCAACCGCAAAGCAUGACUGACAGAGUCUUUAAAAAUCCUGUCAGACGCUUCAAUCGAGCUCGACAUGGAGCAUUAACGGCAUCAUUGCAGCCACCUCCUACAUCACUCGCACCCGCAAUUACCCCACCACCUGCAGUUCCAUCAGCACCUGCAGCUCCCGCAAAGCGUGAGGAGCCCUCGGCUGCCCCAACGCCAAUCAAUACCGUGCUUGGAAAGUUGAUGGCAAAGAGAAAUGAACAGGAAAGUGAGCGCAAGCAGUUGCGGAUUGAGAAAAUACAGCAGGUGCAGCAACAAUGGUUGCAUGUCUCGCCACCGCCACUCUCCCCUUCCCCUCCCACACCAACACCACCACCGCAGCAACAGCCUUAUUUCGACGAAGAUGUUGAAAUGGAGGAUGUUCUGCCAACAAUACCACCGCAGCAACAGCAGAAGGAGGAACAAUAUGUUCCCACCUUGCUUGAUUUCAACGAAGAUGUUGAAAUGGAAGACGUUGAGGAGCAGUCGGUGGAUACGGAGUGGAAGACCGGUGAAGGAGAUGAGAUGGAGUGGGAACCCACCCCGCCCCUCAAGGUAAUCUACUGGCCGGUUUAUUCGUGGUAAAAAAAAGCUCUUUUCUUCUUUUCUUUUUUUAUUGCAGUGCCGUACGACGAGAAAACACCAGAAAACCCGAAAAAAAAGCAGAAAAGCAUUACAAAAACCUCUGAAAAAAAAAGCAAAAAAGCAUCACAAAA